UAUAUAAGAGCUUAGAAAGGAGGAUUAUGUUUAUAUUUAUUGUAGUAGUUUCAAAGUGAAAUAGUGUUUGGUGUUUACAUUAGCAAUGGCUUUUCUAAAUAAAGUGGUAUCCUGCGUCGCUAUUAUUUCAAUAGCGACAGCUUUACCAUCCACGAAAAGUCCAUACCAAACCGAAGAAAUCGAAGACAGCUACAACCCCCAAAGUUACUCAGAACAGCCAAAAUAUGAAGCUUUCGCCUUACCAACAAACCUUCAAUUACCAAAAACCGAAGCGUCGCAAGUUCCUUUCUACGUCCCUGAUUUAAACACUGCUUUGAAAACUCCGCAAUACAACGCAGAACCCAACUACUACCAAGUACCCGUUCCCUCUCAAGACUUAGUGGCGCCCGCAGAAAAAGCAUGGAACCCAAACAACGACCCUAAAUUCUUCUACGAAGUUCCCGCCUCCUUGACCCAGCAGAACAUCCCAACCAACUUCUAUCCCAAAAAAUUCAACAAAGAAAUCCACAUUAAAAGCAAACCCUAUUCCAGCAAACCCAAACAAGAGAUCGUGCUGCGCCCCAUCGACGAAAAACAGUUCAUCGUUAAACAGAAAGCUUUGAGCAAGGCUUACGACAGUCUUGCUAAAAAAGAAAACCAGAAGGAACUCCAGGUACCACAGUACUUUGCUCAACCUAAGGUUGAUACAGAUUUUGCUAAAUCAUUUGAGACUGAAAGUGUUGCUCCACAUGGAGGGUUCAGCAAGGGACCCAGCGCUGAUUUAACUGCUUCUUUCGGGGCUUCUUCACCACUUACUCAUUCUUCUUCUUCUUCUGCUCCUCAUGGUGAACGUCACGAGUUUCAUAUGACAGGGCACGAUGGACCCCACAGCUACAAGUGGGGUUUUGAUACUGGCAAAGGUCACAACAGGCAGUUCAGAUAUGAAGAAAGAGAUAAGGAGGGGAUUGUGAAGGGUCAUUUCGGUUUCUUCGAUAAACACGGAAAACUUCAAAUGGUCAACUACGAUGCACAUCCCCAUGAUGGUUACCGCGCUGACGGAAACUUCGGCAAAUUUUAAUAAGUUUUAGCUAAUUCGUUUUAAACUCGGCAAAAUGCUCAAACGCUACUGUAUUAUACAAAUCAAUGUUUUAUAUUGGUUUUAGUCGUUUAGUUGUAGUUCUUGAGAGAUGUUAGUUUUUGCUCUCUUGUUGUCUAUUUUUUAUUAUGUGAAAUAUACGUUUUAAUAAUA